AUGGACACUUCAUUCUAUCUAGUCACGAUUUUUAUCAUCCUAAAGCGACUCUUUACACCCACCACGCCCAUCCCUGAAACUUCGGGCAAAGUCUACAAAAUAGCCAACGCCGCCGAGUUUGACACCCUCCUGUCCUCCGCCAAGCAUGUGGUAGUAGACUUUUACGCAGACUGGUGUCCGCCUUGUCGCGCCAUUGCACCAUACUUCUCCGAGCUGGCCGACAAGCACUCUUCAGACGGCCAGCUUGCUUUCGCCAAGGUGAAUGUCGACCACGUUGAUAACAUUGCCUCGCGGUAUGGGGUGUCUGCGAUGCCGACUUUUGUGUUCUUUGAGAAUGGUGCGCCGGAGGGGGUGGCGGUUCAGGGAAUGACAGCUCGCCCGUCGGUGCCUUUGACGGGUGAUGGGUUGGUGGAGAGGGUACGGGGUGCUGAUCGUGCGGCGUUGAAGGCUGUGGUUGAGGUUUUGGCGGGGAAGGGUAGGGGGGAGUGA